AUGUCAUCCGACGAAAGCUCCAACUCUUCUAAUUCUUCAUCCAAUAAGAAAAAUAGUCAAACACAACGAUAUGAAAGACGAAGGCAAGCCAAUCGUCUUGUUAACCGAAUGAUGGAUGAAUUUUUUAUGUCCAAUCCAAUUGAAUUAUUUCGUCGGAGAUUUCGCAUGAACAAACAUAUAUUUCUCCGAAUAAAGCAAACUUUAGAAGAACGUCAUCCCUUCUUUCAACAAAGACAAGAUGCUACAGGAAGAUUUGGUGCCUCCGGAUUGCAAAAAUGCACAGCUGCUAUGAGGCUAAUAGUUUAUGGCACCUCUGCUGAUUCUGUAGAUGACUACAUUCGAAUUAGUGCAUCUCUUGCAAGAGAUUCACUACAACAUUUUGUGGAAGGAAUUGUCUCUUACUUUAGUGAUGAAUACCUUAGAAAUCCCAAUGAAUAA